AGCGUAACCCGGAAACAAAUCAAUUUGAUGCUCGUGAGUUGUUUUCCCCCACAUAACCCGGACAGCAAAUAUUGUGCACAUUUAGUGUAGUAGACACGUAUUGCUAUUUGGUUGUAUUUGUCAAAAAGCGGCAUUGUGAGAAGGGUCUCGUGAGGUUAGCACGACAAGUCAACAGCGAGGCUACGUUGCUCUUCUCCAAGUGGACUGUUAGCACGCAGGCUAACUGGCGAAUUUACUGUCAAAUUGGGUCCAGGCAGGACGGAGACGACAUGUCCUGCGGCUUAUUGGAGUGUGGUCGUCUCCAAGAGCUCAAGGCGGUCAGGGAUUAUUUGUUCCACGAUCGAACUGAGCCGGCGGAGAAGAAUCAAACAGUAGCAGAAAAUGAGCUAUCGUGGGACACCUCUGACUGGGAAACCGCUUGGGAAAGCGACAAGAGCAGCGAGCAAGAGGCCUCAUCGGCCACAUCGGCGGAGGAAAGCACAGAGCUUAGUGGACUCUGGCUUCAGGAUUGCAUCGUAUCCCUGUCCCCCUGCUCAGACCUGCUAGUGGUGGCUCGUGAGCAAAAGGCUGUCUUUCUCUCAGCUAAGUGGCGAACAGAUGGUGGUGGCAGAGAAGAGAUGACCCUGGCUGUGUCUUGGAGUGGAAUACUCAGCACUGAAGAAGGAGAGUGUGUGAGCAGCACCAUCUGUAUACCACUGGCAAGCCAGAAAAGGAGCUCCACUGGGCGACCUGACUGGACAUGCGUUGUUGUGGGUUUCACUUCUGGCCAUGUCCGGUUCUACACAGAGAAUGGGGUUCUGCUACUGGCCCAAUUGCUUCACGAGGACCAAGUUUUAAGGCUAAAGUGUCGCACAUAUGAGAUCCCUCGCCAUCCUGGUGUGACUGAGCAGCAUGAAGAGAUAAGCAUCCUUUACCCUGCUGCACUGGUCACCAUAGAUGGUUUCAGCCUCUUCCAGUCCCUACGCGCUUGCCGGAACCAGGUUGCAAGAGCGGCAGCUGCUGGGAGCGAUGUGAUUCAGCCUCCUCCGCUGGCCUAUAAGAAGUGGGCUCUCCAGGACAUGGACACUAUUGUAGACCACUGUAGUGUGGGUGUCAUGACACUCAAUGUGUUUGAUCAGAUGAAGAACGCCUCUGUUUUGGGGGGAUUUAAUGCUUCGGUCAAAGGCAGCCCUCCUGCCAUGAGCCAGUACGUCACUGUGGGAGGGGGCCCGUACACUGGCUUUUACUAUGCGGUAGAGGGAAGCAGCCAGCCUCUUCUCUCUCAUGUGGCUCUCGCUGUGGCCAGUAAACUUACAUCCGCCCUCUUCAGUGCUGCCAGUGGAUGGCUGGGAUGGAGCAAGAACAAGAACCAAGAUGAGAGUGUCCAGAAACACAGGUCCAAGGUGGAGCCUGCAACACCCCUGGGGAUCAGAUUUGGUCUCCCAGACUCUCGCCGCCAUGGCGAGUCCAUUUGCCUGUCCCCUUGUAACACGCUGGCCGGAGUAACUGAUGACUUUGGUCGAGUCACGCUGCUGGACCUAAACAGAGGAAUUGCAAUUCGCAUGUGGAAAGGUUACAGAGACGCCCAGCUGGGUUGGCUGCAUGUUCCAGAGGAUCGAGUCAGUCGGGAACGCUCCGCCUCAUCUUCCCUCGCCAGGCGCCAUGCGCUGUUUUUGGUUAUUUACGCUCCUCGCAGAGGGAUCCUGGAGAUCUGGGCGAUGCAAUACGGACCUCGAGUGGGUGCAUUCACUGUCGGGAAACACUGCAGGUUGCUGUAUGCUGGUUACCGUCUGUUAGGGGUGAACCGUGUGACCAGUCAGGGCUGGAAGAUCCACACCCAUCAAGUAUGUUUGCUGGAUCCCGUCACAGGAGCCCUAAGGACUGUGAAUGUUCCCUUCCACCUGGCCCUCAGCGACAAGAAGAGUGAAGGAGCCAAAGAUAUGCAUUUGUUCAAGAAAGUGACAACAAUACUCAAGACCAGCGAUAUGGAGCCUGAUAUUUUGGAGAGCGAGGCCAAAGGCGUGCUGCUGGAUAUCAAAAACUCCUCCAUUCAAAAACAAGCUUUGGAGUCUUUGCUGUCCCACAAGAACAUCCCUGUGUCGUGUCUCACAAACAUCACAUGCGCCUUACUCAGCGCUCUGCAACAGCAAGGCGCUGAACAAGUGGAUCCCGUGUUACUGCAGUUCUGCUCCUCCAAGCUGAAAUUGCUUACGCUCUACACUGACAUCCGCCACGUGAACUCCGGUGCUGACACUGAGGAGCACGACGAAGCUGUGGAUGGCCUGGAUGGCAUUGAGGGCGAAUUGGCUCGUGUAGGUCCUAGCUUGCAACGCUACGCCGAGCUCAACUCGAGGCCCAGCGUUUCUUUUGUCCAAGACGCACCAGACGCAGCCCUGCCUGCCCAGGCCUUCGUAUCCCAGAUCGAAUGCACAGAGGAUGGGCAGUUAAAGCUUAUCCAGCGUUCUGAAGUAGAAUGGAACCAGUUAGGGAGCUUUAUCUUCUGGGCUUGUCUGUGUGGUCAAAGCUCCCCACACAAAAUCUGUGACAAACUACAACAGGCUGGCAUCAGUCCGUCGCAGCUACUAACUCUCUUGCUGAGUAUGUGGUUGCAACGAGAAAAGGAGUUGCUCCGGACCCCGACAGAAUGUUUUCAAAACCUUCACGCGUUACUGGUCCUCCUCAGCAACAUGGAAGGUGCCAUAGAAGAGUCGUGGGACCCCCAGUCCGUCUCACCCUGGUGGCAGCGGGGCCGCAACAUAUUAGUACAGUCGCAAAACUCUGCAGCCGCUCUGCUGGCUGCUUUUGUUUCUCAUCGUGUUGCCGUGGCCGCCAUCGCCAGCAGGGCAGACAGCGAGUUACAGUCAGAGUGGGAAGCAGUGUCUUUGGAGCUGGAGCAAUGGGCGGUGUGCGUUCGUCAGCUGGAGGAUGUUCUAGCGCUGCAGACGCUCCUCUUGGUGCCGCCGACUGUCGCAUCGGCAGGAGGCCCUGUGGUGCCGUGCUCCAUAAAAACACUGCUGGAGGGCGGCUCAGGUGGCAUCGCCGACAAUGUCUCCAAGUGGGUGUUCAGGCACAACCUGGCCCCCGAGCAACUAAAAGAAGUCCUUCAGAAGAGCGAAGAUAAAACGUUAGGCGAGGGGGCAGGCCAAGAUGUCAAAGUGUUAAAAAGUCAAGAGAAUUCAGAUGGAACAGCAGAGAUGUUGGUGGCGAUGUGCAAGCGCUUCCCACGCUCCCUCUCCCCAAACUUGCUCUUCGCACAUUGCUGCUGGGAGUAUGUGGUGCAAUGGAACAAAGACCCAGAGGAGGCCGCACACUUGUGCCGGGCCAUGGAGCAUCUGAAGCUGGUCUCCAGUCCACAGAUCCAACUCGGCAUUUGCACAAUGAUGUGGACUACGUUUAUUGUCAAACGUUUCUCUGCGGCAGCCUUCCUGGUUGAGAAGGUGGGCAAAGCACCCAAAGAUCGCUUGUGCCGACGGGAUGUAGGAAUGGGAGACAGAGCUUUGACUUCCUUCUUGGUUUGCUGUGUCCGGCUGCUGCAAAUCCUCAUGGAGGCGGACUCUGCGGUAGCUGAGGUCCCGCCCCCAGAGCUGUCUGUGGAAGAAGUUUGGUGCGGAGCCGAGGGCCCGGCCUCGAUAGCUGAACUGGCCCUGGAGCAGAAAGGUGUUCACUAUCCCCUGGUGCAGCACCACUGUCUGCUAGCCUCCCUGCUACACGCCGCCUCGACUUUCAGCCUGAAGGUGAAACCUCUCAGCCUGUUCGACAGCAAGGGUAAAAAUGCUUUCUUCAGAGACCUGACCACCAUUCAGCUCAUGCCAAGUGGAGACAUGGACCCAGGACUGGUCCUACUACGACAAGAGUUCCUUCUGCGGGUGUUAACGUCCUGGGUGCAGCGUAUCGGCGAUCCGUCUGACUCCGCCUCCGGCGCCAGGCCCCGGACGCUGCCCGCGAGUGGCGCCCAGGCCGAGCGGUGGCCCUCGCUGUGCCUCGAGCUCGGCAGCCUACUGCAGGUCUCCCCCGACGUCCUGCGACGACACCUGGUGUGCCAGCUCUACAACCAGGGCCUGGACCUUCACGCGGAGGAGGUGAUGUUAGAAGUUGAGGACAAGGACGUGCUGGGCUCUCAGCUGCUGAUGAUCACGGGCCAAAGGCUGAGCUACUCACUGCUGCGCAGCCAGAGCCAGACGCAGCCUGCUAUGGAGCUACUGGCCCGCCUGCCCCCCACCCUCUGCACAUGGCUCAAGGCUAUGGACCCCAGUGAGCUGCGGUGCCCCCUGGUGCCCCUGCCUCAGACCAGUAGGCUGGUGGGCCACUUGAUCGAGAUGCUUCCAGAGAACCACGCCCAGUACAGCCUGGCACUGCACCUUUUGGAGGCAGUGGAUGCCCUGACAGCGGAGGACUGACUCAGCAAAUGAUGUUGACAGUUUAGUAUAGUUUAGUACAAACAUAUCAUGCAUGAGCUCCUAAAGUAAAUACAAGUUAUGUAAACAAAGACCAUAUUUCCCUUAGACAGUGGAACCUCGAUAGAACGGACUAAUAGCAGAGAGGAGUAGUCCUAUACAUUACGUUACAUUGAACCUUUUUUUUUUUUGCCAUAUUCACCCAUAUCACUGUACAGUCAAACAUUUUUUGUGGCCUGAAACACACAGUACAGUAUAAAGUUAUUGCAAAAAAAAAAGCUUAAAUGUUUUCAAAGUUUCGCGUGUUAUCCAAACGUACCACACCGGUGUGCUUGGGCAUGGUGACAUUGCUGACGUAUAGUACUCGUCAUAGGCAAGUUGCUUUCAUGAGCCGUGAGGAAUUAGUGUGCUUCCUAGUUCCAAAUCUGUUUGCAAAGGUGAACGGCUUGGCAAUUUUUUUUUUACUGUACCAAAAAUAGCAUGUUUCAGAGUCCAAAGACUUGUUUUGUAUUCCGCAGAGGUACCACUGCAGCGAUGCUGCUCUCUCUGCCACAAUAGAUGGAACCAUCAUAACAUGCUUGUCAGGUUAAUGCCCCACAUUCAACAUGGCCGCCACGUAGGCACAGGAGACGUCUUUUGGAAUUGUAUAUCUGUGACCCAGAAAUAUGUCAGUCCCAUUCUUUGCCUGCAUUGUGCCACAGCGCCAGUAAGAAAACAGCCGCCAAUUGUGGAACUAACAGACAUUGUAUGUGACAUUUUUGGACAAAUGAUUCAAUCCCGACGGUCCGUUUUAUCCGAUAUCCAUUUUAUCGAGGUUCCAUUGUAUUGUCAUGGAGUUUGUAUUUAUUCAAAUCAUGUUUAUAGUGCUUAACUGUUUCAGUUGGUUGUUGACCUUUUUAACAUCCCAUAUUUUUGUAUGUAGCAUUUAUCACACUUGUGGAUACCUGAGCUGAUGACCCUCAUCUUCAAGUGUGUGGUCAUCAGUUAUUUUUCCACAUUUAGUAUCAUAAGGAAUAAGGACCUUGUUUAGUGAUGUAUAUAAUAUAUGGAAGCACUUCUAUUCUCACAGUGCCUGCAAAGCCUUUUAUUCUGUAGUCCUGUGUCCAGAUGCUGCCAAUGGACAGAAUAAACAGAAUCUCCAUCCA